AUGCAGUUUACUUUGAUGAAUUCAAAACAAAUGAAGAGUGUAACAAUUAUCUUGAAAGUCUCAAAUGCCACUUUCAGUGCCACUGAAAAAGCCAAAAUCAAGAUUGAAAAGAUCAAGCUUGACAUUGAAAAGGCGAAAUUGAAAAUCAAGAGGAAACAAGUUGUUGUAGAAAGGGAAAAAGUCACUUAUAAAAUUAUGACAAUUGUAAUCAGUCACUAUAAAGAUCAAAAAAUGGCAAUUGAGAAUCUCAUAAAUUUGAUUAACAGAGUUGAUUCUGAAGCUGAACACAUUGUCAUUGAAAUGUAUGAAACAAUGAACCAUGUUCAAAGAUUUGCAAAUGCUCUUGAUGAAGAUAUGAUUGUAGUGAGCAGCAGUAAAAGCAGUGAUGAGGAAUUUAAUAAUAGUGACAAUUCUCUUCCGAUCUCUCUCACUGACACCUUUGCUGCUGCUGCUGCCAUUGAUCCUCCCCCCUUCUUCUCCUCCAAUCUUUCAACCCCAGUUAAUCCCCUGGCUAUGAGCAGCACCGGAACUGUUGACAUUCUCAGUGAAAAUAAGAGCAAACACAAGACUUUCAAACCCUCUGAAACCCUCUUUUUCAAACAUCAGAUGACAGUUGACAGUGCCUUCCAUCCACAAAUUCAAUGA